AUGGGUGAAGAUGGCGCUGAGCCGGGUGAAAAGCCGGAGAUCACCGAGAUAGAGAUCGCAAACAAGGAGGAUGUUGUGCAGGCACCCAAGAAGACGCUCCCGCGACUAAGUCCCUGGGAGAGGCUCUUUGAAAUCGUGGCCACUUUGAUCACUGGUAUCGUUUUUAUCGCCAAGCUGUUGGAACCAUUGUCCAUUUUUAUCGCUUCUUGCGCCGUCGUAUGGCUUGCUUGGUGCACCUUCCAGUUCUGCAGACAUGGGAUCCGGAUCCUGUUUCUUUGGGGGGUGCGCAUUGACCAGCCGAAUUUGCGAAAGAGCUUCCUGAUCCCAAGUCUGUUUGCAGUUGCUGCACUGAUAUUUAUUUUCAUCGGUGCUGCUGUGACAAAUCAGGAGAUCAGGUUUGACAACUGGCACUUGUGGGUGAUUCUUGCGCUCUAUCCUUUCUAUGGUGUGUUGCAGCAUGUGAUGUUGCAGUCGUUCCUAAUGCGAAAUUUAAGCUGGUGUAUCACUGGAAUGGAUGACUGCUCGGUUCUCGACGUUUUCCUCAAAAAGCCUGCGCUCAAGCACUUGAUGGCUGUUUUCGCAUGUGUGCUGGCUUCCGCUACGGCCUUUGCCUUUGUCCAUUGGCCCGAUCCGUGGUUGAUUGCUGGCACUGGUGUCAUGGGAGUUCCAUGGGCAAUUGAGUACUUGCUGCACCGAAAUAUCUUGCCAUUGGGCUUCUACCAUGGUGUUCUGGGCACCCUGUUUUACUUUUGGUUCAUGGGCAGGGAUCCUUUGCAUGGGAUGUUCUGA